AUGUCAACAAAAACUAACGAAGAUGAGGUUAUGGGCGCCCGCUUUGAAUGCUUGGCACCAGCAUAUCAAGCAGCAUUCGCACGUUUUCUUCGUCGUUGUUACCGCUCUGACCUGCAGCAAUUGUAUCGGCGUCUGCACCUUAGUUUGACGCCCUUGACUGCCUCAUAUCUUCCACAAGAACCGACACUUUUGGCAUAUAGUCAGCGUGUGUGUGCACAGCGUCUGCUAGACUUCAACGCGCAGCUUGAGAUGCUACUAUUCCGCCAUCCCGAGCAGCUUCUGCCUCCAUUCCACAUGGCACUGGCUGCUGAAGUCGGUUGCAUGACUGGUGAGUCUGUGGAGGGCGGCAGCCUGCCGUCCAUCCCGCUCAAGGUCAGACGUAAACUCAAAGUGCGAGUUGAGAACUUGCCCCCCGUGGCGCCGCUUCGAAAGCCCGCUAUUAGCACAAUCAGGUCCAAUGAUGUGAAGCAGCUGAUUCAGAUUGCAGGCACGGUAGUGCGGACAGGAUUGAUUAAGAUGCAGGAAAUGGAAAUAGAGUAUCAAUGCUGCAAUGCACGGUGUGGACACAGGUUCUUGGUUAAGUCCAACCCGGAGCAAGGCAACGUGAUGGAGAUUCCAUUUGUCCUUCAGACAGCAUUGGAAACACGAGCUGUAGCGGUGAUCAAAAUUCAAGAACAUGCUUCUAAGUUAGGCGUUGGCUCAAUUCCGCGGUCGACAUUUGUUGUGCUGGAGGACGAUCUAGUGGACUCGGUAAAGGCUGGAGAUCAGGUUGUUGUCGUUGGUAUUCUGAUGCGUACGUGGAAAUCCUGUGUGAAAGGAGUAUGCUGCGACUUGGAGACGACGAUCAAGGCUUACAGUAUUUGCAUUAAGAAUGCAUCGCCCUCACAAGUCCUUGUUACCGAAGAAUUGCGUCUAGAGUUUGUGCAAUUUUGGGCAAAGCAUAGACAAGACCCUAUUAGAGGACGCAACGAGAUCGUCGCAAGCAUAUGUCCAACAAUUUACGGGCUGUUUAUUGUAAAACUUGCGGUGGCGCUUACAGUCAUUAGUGGGGUCUCGUACGUCGAUGAUACAGGCAUGAAGACGCGUGGCGAAUCACAUAUGCUCCUGAUCGGCGAUCCUGGUACAGGAAAAUCCCAAUUUCUUCGAUUUGCUGCUGAACUUAGCCUCCGCUCGGUUCUCACAACAGGCAUCGGCACGACAAGCGCUGGGCUGACAUGCACAGCCGUUAAAGAUGGUGGGGAAUGGAUGUUUGAGGCUGGAGCCUUGGUGUUAGCGGACCGAGGCGUUUGCUGCAUUGACGAGUUCAGUAGCAUUUGCAAUAACGAUCGCUUGUCGAUCCAUGAAGCCAUGGAGCAGCAGACAUUGAGCGUGGCAAAGGCUGGUCUAGUUUGCAAGUUGAACGCACGUACAACUAUCUUUGCCGUAACGAAUCCAAAGGGCCACUAUGAUCCGACAACGGACGUGUCUGUGAACACGAGUAUCGGUAGCCCUUUACUUAGUCGAUUCGACCUUAUUCUCGUGCUGCUGGAUCGCAUGAACGCGCAAUGGGACAAUGCUGUCUCCACUCACAUUCUCGAGCAAGCCGUCGGGAGGUAUCCUAGUCUGAAAGAAGAGGUAAAACAUAAUAAGGGCAAGUCAGUGAAACAGGGAGGGCCCAUAUUUACUGUGUCGAAGGAAAUAUCCGGAGAGUGGAGUAUACAGAAGCUGCAGGCGUAUAUUUGUUACGUUAAGGAUAUGUAUCAGCCCGAUCUGAGUCGAGAAGCGAUGACAAUACUCCAGAGUUAUUACCAACGACAGCGGGCAUCUGACAGUCGGAGCGCGGCUCGCACAACGACUUCGACUUCUGGAGAGCCUUACUAG